AUGAGCGACAUUGAGCUCAGAAACCUCCGCGCAGAGAGCCGCGCGGCGGAACUCCACCGCCGUGAACUCUUCAUCACCAACCGCGUCCAGCGCCUCGCGGACGCAGAGGCCUCUGGUCUCUUCAUGGAAGGCAUCGAAGCUGAGAAGAAGGCUAUGUUCGGGAUGAUUGAUGUUUUGCGCGCUGAGCAGAAGAAGGAGUGGUGGAGGUUGUGGCGGGGGCGAGUUUGGCGACGGGUGGAGUUGUUAGGGGGUCGGGCUUUAGUGGAUUUUUUGGGGUGGGUUGGAGAUUUGGUGGGCUGGUUGCCGGAGGGGAGGGGAGGUGGUGAUGGGUAG